CAGUCGUCCAAUGUAACACGGCUCGAAGCGAACUUCAUUAAAACCGUACGGUUCAAAACAACCAAUAUAACAGUGAAUAUUGCGUCGUUUUCCAAACGUGUCUCACACAAGCGUCGGCAAAUUUAUGUGCGUGGCAUCAGCGAGAGAGUGCGAUUAAUUCUUGCCACAAAACAAACAAGUGUCACUAAACGAAAGGUGCGUCGCUAACGUUUUGAUGGUGAAAGUUUUGCGAUCAAACAGAAUUUGUUUACCAACAAAUACGGCCCCUCUGGGUGUAGUGAAAGUGUGCUAGUAGUGAGAGUGCGUGGGGGAAAAGUAGAGUUACUGAAGUAACCCAAUCUUUAUAAGCCACCCAAUAAAGAAGCCAUUCUAUGGCGACGUCAGUGAGGAUUUAUUAAGCGGAACACGAUAGGAGGACAAAAAUCUCACCAUUAAGAAGCUCUAUAACCAACGACUUCGUUGAAGGUGGACUGGGUUAAUCACACACACAAAUACGGCGGCUGGUUAGGAAGAAACCUUACAAAAAAACGUCCAAAGCACGGCACGCACGCAUUUGAAAGGCAACCUUCAUUCGACUUCGAAGGACUGCAGCAGAGUGCUCUCCCCAUUUGCUUGUUAAUGAACCAUCGUCUAUUGGUGUAAUAAAAAACAGACAACCGCAUCUGAGUAUCCUUCGCCAUAACAACCGCCAACCAUCACCGUCACCAUGGAUAUUUACUACAUGAGCGAUAGCAUCCAGUACUCAUCGUUCCGCGGUCCGGUUUACCGGGACUACGAGAAGUUUCCGUACGGUACGCUCGAAAAUCCGCUGAACAAUCCCGUCUCCAAGACUAAGCAGCAGCAGCAACAGCGACGGCACCACUCGAACACAAGCAGCAACGGUAGCACCAGCGCUCAAGCAAAACUACUCAGCUACAUCGGCAAAUCUUCGUCGGCGGGCAAAUCGUCCAAGGAUGCGUGUCCAUUUUGCAAGGAGCAAAAGAAGCGACCGCUUGGUGCGUACAUGCGUAAGCGUGGCCAGCGUAUCACCACCGAAAGCAUCAGCGAGGACGCGGAAGAGUGCAUCGAUGAGCUGCGGGAGGAGGACGAGGAGGAGGACAUGUGUGCAUCGGCGCGAGGCACAGCAUUGUCUACCAGCCCGACCGGUAACCAUCAUCAGCACAUUACCCCGGCUGGUGUCGGUUUUAACCGGCAGGAAUCGAUCGAAAGCAAAUGAAUACGCAGUAGAAGAAUACUGAAUGAUCGUAUAGCGCAAGCAGUGAAAAGAGGAAUCAUUCAUAAGGAGAAUAUUCUUAUCAUAAGAUAUUAAACGGUAGAUUGUUAAGUUAUUUCAUAUCGUUAUUCGUACGCGCAUAAAACCACAAGCGUAUUGUUUGGCAGAGGAACAUUUAAUUUUUAAUAUAGAAUAACAUUUGGCAGCAUUAGGCUUCAAUCCCGUGAGGUUUUAAACGAGAGGGUCACGAUCAUUCAUCGUAGGCAAUUCAUAAUAGGAAAGGACGAAACGUUCAAUACCGUUUCUGGUGUGCAAAAAAACGAUAAUCAGUAGCGUGUAAAUUCAAUCCCUUUUUUCAUGAUCUGACUUUUCAUAAGCCAGGCGCGCGCGUAAAAAGGAGAAACCCCGCAAGAAACAAACGUACCACACACUGUUAUUGUUGAUGCGAAAAGACUGAUCUAUACUAAUAGCUCUAUACACAGCGCACCAGGCACGUGCAAUCGAAACCAACUUCACCUCUCAUUAAUUGGAAGGGAAGGAAAAAUUAUAAACAAAUCAAUUGUCCAACUGUAACGGUUUUAUUGCAGUAGAAUAGUGAAAGGGAUGUUAAGCAAAAUGUUAUGCGCUGAUUAGCAGAAUGGAAUAUUGCAUUUCUCCAAUGGUGUAAUGUGGGAAUUGCUGACCUUAUCCUUGCCUACACGAUUUAUAACACAGAUCUUACACUUUUCUCAACACAAUUUGUUCGAUAUGCAUUUUAGCAUGUUGAAAGGAAGCAGAAGAUUUUGAAGGGUACGUGUUUUUUUACAUGUGCGAAGGUAUAAGCAUAUUUGUACACGACCCGAUCGAUGUGAUCAUGUAUCGGAAGCGAGCGUGGAUCAUCGCAAUGGAUAAGAGAGAUUUUUUUCUGCACAACAGAUAAUAAUUAUUUGCAUUACUGAUUUGUGUGUGAAAAUAAAGAAUCACCGAAAAUUUGAAGAAAACUCCUUGAAGAAAAAAGAAGCACUUGUAAUCCGAUCAAUUUACAAUCAGAUUUUAGUAUUUAACAGUUAGACGGAUAAGCAUUAUGAUAUUUAGCAAUCGUGUUACAUAUAUUCAGAGCCUUUUGUGAAUGUUUUAAUAAUGGAAAAUAAAAAUUAAUCUAUACAAUAUUGC